UGAUAUGUCGGCAGCCAGGGAUACCACGUGUAGCGCAGUGUAGCGAACAAUCAAAUGCGUGUACUUAUGAAAAGUGGUUGGCAUGUCUGGUGGCGGGCGUGAAGGUGUUCUUCGCCCUGCACUCACCUCCAAGCAGCUGAUAGCCGGCCAUGCAAGGACCACACCCACUGCCAGCGCGGCCGCAGGAUGCCCCCCUCGACUCGCGCAGCCCGCACGCCAUGACCGCACCAGCUCCGGGCGGCACUGGCCCGCUGUGGGCAGGGAGCUUGCUCGAAAACCUCCCCGACGAGCUGCUGCAGCUGAUUGUCGCCCACCUCACGACCGCCGACCGCCGCGCCGCCGCCCUCGUCUCGCGCACCUUCCACCGCCAUGCGACGGACCUCCUGUGGCAGACGGUCUGCCUGGCCGACACGCGGACGCUGCGCGCGGGCGCUGCCGACGAACUGCUCAGCGACGGCGAGCAGAUGGACGAGCACGACGACACGCCGCUGAUCGAGAAGCUGCACAUCCUCGCCACGAACCCCGCCAUUGCCGCCAAGGUGCAGACGCUCACCCACCGCUGCCACCUGCCCACCCCCAACAUCUUCACCGAGCUGCCGCGCCUGUACUUCGACGCCGCCAACCUGUCCGCCGACGCCCGCCUGCACGCCCUGCUGCGCGCCGCCAUCCGCAACCUGGUCAACGUGCACACCCUGCGUAUCGUCUACGGCCACUGGCGCCUGACCACCGCCCUGGUCGCCGGCUUCCUGCACCAUGCUCGCCCGCGCGAGGUCCCGCUGCGCAAGCUGUGGCUGGAGAGCUGCGCCUUUGAUAUCCGGGACGCUGGCUUCCUUGGGCUGCUCAGUCACACGGGGCUCGAGUCGAUCCGCCUGCGCCGUCUGCGCGCCGAGACAGCGAGCGUGCCUAGCAAGUACGACAUGGCCUGGCUGGACAUGAAGCUGGCCCGCGGCGGCCACUACUACCAGAUGCACAACGGCGCGGGCGCCUGGGUCGGCACCACGGUCGAGUUCGCCCAGAAGGACCUGCCCGUCCAGCUGCUGGCGCCCACGCCGGACGCCAUGACCGCCACGGCACGAGCCUUCGACAACCUGCUCUGGGCCGACCUCCCGGAAAUAGACGAAUUUGUCGACAGUCUGCCGGUCGAAGUCCCUUGGACGCCUACGCUACCACGGGGACCGAUGCAGUGGCUGUUCGAGGCCUCGCAGUCCACGCUCACGCGACUCGACCUCGACUGGAUUUUGUGGCGUCAGCGAGAGCUCGACGACAUCCACGACGGAUCUGCUGUAUUCUUGAAAGAUCUCGCUGCUAUGCGGUUCCCGUACCUGGUUGCCUUCCAGAUGCGCAACGCGGUGCUGCCGCUGACCAAGCUUCCCGACGAGGUAUUCCUCCUCGAAGACACAUUCUUAUCGUUCUUGGAGGCGCAUCCCAGGAUUAAGUGUCUUGCCUGGCCGCUCGACAAGUUCUACAACCAUACCAGGCCGUCAGUAGAGCUGCAAAGCAGGUGUCGAAUCCUGAUCGGACAUAUGGCUAUGGUCCUGACCGAUCUGCGCCUCGACACCUACUACGCCGGCAACGGAGAGCCCAUGACUGACGAAAGCACCUCCGUUGAAUCCACCUGUCAGCGCAUCCGCCGGAGAAGAUUCAUCACCGAGUUCGCCCCUCACAUGCGUAAAAUCAAGCAGAUCAAGCUCGAAGGCGGCAUCCCCCGCGACGAGAAGCGCGAAAUCCUGCGCGCUCUGCACUACUGUCCGCUUCAGAAAAUCGUCUUCAUCGGCGUCUCGUUUCCCGUCGGCAACACCUGGGGCACCGGCGGCGCCCUCCUCAAGGCCCUCGACGCCGGCCACGCCUCCGACUUUGCCUGGGACCUGGAAGAAGAGAGCCCCGCCGGCCUCUUCGGCGCGUACAGACGCCGCACCGCCGUGGCAGAACCCUUCACCUUCGUCCCCGAAUUCGGCUGGACUGCAGAAGCCCCGCUCCUCCGCACUCUGGCUCUGCACCAUGCGUCGACCGUACAGGAGCUCAAGAUCUGCGGCUACAACGGCUGCCCCGUCCUCUCGCACCUCACCCCCGCAACUACCCCGCUGCUGGCGCCCCUGAUGCAGUACACCAACCUGCGCCACCUGGUUGUGAGUUUCUGGCUGCUGACCUUCUUCGAGGACGCCUAUCGCGACCUGGAGAUAGUGCAGAGCUGGAUGGACACGCGCUCGCCGUCGUCCACAGCGCUCGUCGUCGUCACUCCGCCCCGCAGCCCCGACCGCGACGCCCAGGUCGAGGGCACUGUGAUGCCGGCCCCUGUCCCCACAGCCCCGCGCCCGGAGUUCAAUCGCUGGGCCGUCGCGCUCAAGACUAAGUUCACGCCCUCGGCGCUCGCGUACCGCGUUGCGAGCGACAUUGCGCCGUUUCUGAGUCCUACGGCUAAGGCGAGGGAGGGGGGUGUGCGGAUCCGCGCGAGUUUCUGUCUCGGCGCCAGGGAGGAGCGGAGGGUUGCAAACGAUAUUUUUGAUUUGGAUAUUAGGGUUGGCGCCGAUGAUCAGGUGUUGGAGUUUGUGGGGCCGCGGGAGGAGGGUGAGAAGGGGCGGUGGUGGGCCAAGAUGGAGGGGCGGCAGUGGUUUUGAGGCGUCUCUUUACAGAUUUUGAGGCGUCUGGUUACAGGUUCGAGGCGUCUGGGUGUACUGGCUAAGGAAUCUGUGGGUGUUCUUAAAGCGUGUCAGUGUGUAAGCACAUGUGUAUUGACCAAGCCGUUCUUUACCGCUAUGUAAUACUGCCCAAUCCAUCUAGCAGCCGAGUCGGAACGCC